AUGUUUUCCGCUCAAAAGCCAAUAUAUGGCAAUGGGGCAGGCGUUAACAUGGGCGGCGGUGGCCCUUCAACAAAUAAUCCAGGAUCUAUGUCCAUGCCUGGAGCCCCAGCGCCAAUGGGCCCAGGCAUGAACCAACAAAUUCCAGGUGGGGGCCCCAUGCUAAUGGGCAAUACUCCGAAUAAUAAUAAUAACAAUGACAAUGGCGAGAACAACGGCAAUAACGGCAAUAACGGUGGUAACGAUGCUAAUGCAACUCGAAACAAUCCGAACAUGGCCAAUAAUAGAGGCGCAGUGCAUGCUCUAGAUGAUCCUAAUGUAUACCAUUGGAUUUGUCAAUUGACCUAUGGCCCUCAAAAGGAACAAGCACUGCUUGAACUAGGUCGCAAAAGGGAACAAUUUGAUGACCUUGCUGUUGUUCUUUGGUCUUCCUUUGGUGUAAUGACCUCAUUGCUGAAUGAAAUCAUUUCCGUAUAUCCCAUGCUGCAACCUCAAAUGCUGUCCAACAAUCUAUCAAACCGUGUUUGCAAUGCGCUGGUCCUUCUACAGUGUGUUGCAUCUCAUCCAGAGACCAAACAUCUCUUUUUACAGGCUCAUAUUCCACUCUUCCUUUUUCCCUUCUUAAAUACUACCUCCAGGCAAAGAACUUUUGAGUAUUUGAGGUUGACUUCAUUAGGUGUGAUAGGUGCUUUGGUUAAAAAUGACUCGCAAGACGUAAUAACAUUUUUGCUAAGAACUGACAUCGUACCGUUAUGCCUAAGGAUCAUGGAAUCUUCCUCUGAACUUUCCAAAACAGUCGCCAUUUUCAUUUUACAAAAAAUUCUACUAGAUGACGUCGGGUUGCAAUACAUUUGCGCUACGUUGGAAAGAUUCUACGCUGUAACUAAUGUGCUAAAAGAUAUGGUUGAACACUUAACCGUGAGCACGCCACCGGGAAGACUACUGAAACACAUCAUUAGAUGCUACUUAAGAUUAAGUGACGAUCUCGAAGCACGCAGGCUUUUGAAGGUGGUUUUACCUGCUAAAUUGAGAGACAACACUUUUACGGAAGUACUAAGAGACGACGUCGGAUCCAAGAGAUGUCUGGCGCAAUUGCUAUUGACAUUAAACGAAGAAACCUCAUGA